AUGCGAUAUAGUUCAGUCGAUGUCCUCGUUAUUGGUGCAGGCCCAACGGGUUUGGGCGCUGCGAAGAGACUCAAUCAGAUUGAUGGACCAUCUUGGUUGAUUGUCGACUCCAAUGAGAUUCCUGGCGGUCUUGCCUCCACCGAUGUGACCAAGGAAGGGUUUCUCUACGAUGUUGGCGGUCAUGUCAUCUUCUCGCACUACAAGUACUUUGACGACUGCAUCGACGAGGCAUUGCCCAAAGAGGACGAUUGGUUUACACACCAGAGAAUAUCAUAUGUGCGCUGCAAGGGCCUAUGGGUCCCGUAUCCGUUUCAGAACAACAUCUCGAUGUUACCCAAAGAUGAACAAGUCAAGUGUAUGGACGGGAUGAUCGACGCUGCGCUGGAAGCGAGAGUCGCAGGCACAAAACCCAAGACCUUUGACGAAUGGAUUGUGCGCAUGAUGGGAACUGGGAUUGCCGACCUCUUCAUGCGCCCCUACAAUUUCAAGGUCUGGGCUGUUCCAACCACAAAGAUGCAAUGUCAGUGGCUCGGAGAGCGCGUGGCCGCCCCUGACCUCAAGAACGUCACCAAGAACGUGAUCCUGCAAAAGACAGCCGGUAACUGGGGACCCAAUGCCACAUUCAGAUUCCCUGCCCGAGACGGUACAGGCGGCAUCUGGAUUGCUGUCGCCAACACCCUGCCAGAUGAGAAGAAGCGCUUCGGCAAGAAGGGGACGGUGAAGAAGGUCAACGCGGACAAGAAACAGGUGUUGUUGGAAGAUGGCACCAUCGUGCACUAUGAAAGACUGAUCAGCACCAUGGCCUUGGACUUAUUGGCCGAGAAGAUGGAGGAUGAGAAACUGGUCAGCCUCUCCAAGGGGCUGUAUUACAGCAGCACCCAUGUCAUUGGCGUCGGCAUCCGUGGCACUCGCCCCGAGCGGAUAGGGGACAAAUGCUGGCUCUACUUCCCAGAGGAUGACUGCCCCUUCUACCGAGCGACCAUCUUCUCGAACUAUUCCCCAUACAAUCAGCCAGCACAGGACGUCAAGCUGCCCACGCUGCAACUUGCCAACGGUUCUCGAAGGCAGAGCAUGCAGGCCAAAGAAGGCCCGUAUUGGUCCAUCAUGUUGGAAGUUUCGGAGUCGAGCAUGAAGCCCGUCGACCAGGAGACACUCCUCAAAGAUUGCAUCCAAGGCCUGGUCAACACCGACAUGCUGAAACCUGACGAUGAGAUCGUGUCCACCUAUCACCGCCGCUUUGACCACGGCUAUCCCACGCCGACCUUGGAGCGCGAAGGAGUCCUCAAGGAGAUGUUGCCCGCUCUGCAGGAAAAGGGGAUCUACAGUCGAGGACGAUUCGGCUCCUGGAGGUAUGAGGUCGGCAACCAAGACCACUCGUUCAUGUUGGGAGUGGAAGCCGCAGACAACAUCGUCAACGGCGCUGUCGAGCUGACCUUGAACUACCCCGACUUUGUGAAUGGACGCCAGAACACUGAACGCCGACUGGUGGAGGGCGCGCAGGUGUUUGGCAAAAAGACCAAGACUGACAAGGGUCAAAACGGAAAUGUGGUUGUCGGACGGCGUUUGACUGGCGGAAAGGCAGAGCUAGGAGGCCGACUGGAAACCAGCAACAAAGAGACCCUGAAUGGCAGCGGCGGGACCGCAACGGCAGGGAAAGAUGGCAAUUCGCGAAUCUUGAACCGCAACUGGUAA